AUUGUUAUUACUCGCGAAGGUUAGUGUGUACGUGUGAAUACGUGGUGGCAUGUUUGACAAUUGUGCAAAUGACAAACAACUUAUAUUAUCGAGUACAAUGUGUUAUUGUCGUGAUCAGUAAAUAAAUGUCAUUCUCGUUUAUCAAGCACUCGAGUAACGUUAAUCACCAACACGAGAAAUGGCAUGGUUCGGUGAGAGCUUAUCCAGUCUCUCGAAUUUAAAGGGACAAAUCACGAAUUUCACAAAAGUUUUAUCCGACGGCGUCGUUGAAGAAUUAGACGAACGAUCGAAGGCGUUGAACGAAGCAAACGAAAGAUGUAGUCAACUGGAGGAUCUGCUCAAUUCAAAAGAUGCAGAGAUUUCUCUCUUGCGCCGGCAGAACUGCGAGUUGCAGAGAACUGUCAUUGAGAUAAAUGCAAGAUCCAAGGAAUCGAAAGAUGCAAAUCAUCUCGAUGAUACCGACGGUGGAGUCUUUUGGGAUCCGUCAGUCAAUAAUCGAAACGCGAGGAAUCAGUUCCACGUGCGUCAGUUACAGGAACAGCUGGCACAAGCCACCAUGAAGGUGCGCGAAUUAGAAUGCGAGUUGAAGCGCACUCAAAAGGUGAACAACACGACUAUGAAGGACGAUAUUCCCGAUGGACAUCAAAAGGCUGAAAUUGUACGGGCAAAACAAGACAUGAUGAAUCGUAUAAUACAGAUGGAAGAAAAGACUCGAGAAGCAGAACGCAAUGCCAAACAUAUCCAACUGGAUGAAGCCAGUCUUAUCAAUGACUUUCGUUCGGUAAUAUCGGAAUUGAAUUCACGCGAGAAAUUUGAUUUAGUCAGCGGAGCGCUGAUAAAAGCUUUGCAAAUGGAGAGCGAGACACGCGAAAAAUUAAAAAAUCACGAAAAAUCUUACGAGGAACUCGGAAAAGUUGAUGAUUUCGAAUACGAUCGUUUGCUAGCUUCGAAAAAUCACUUUGACUCGCAACAACAGAGCAAGUCGAGUGACGGAGAAUUUUUGACCGAAAAAGAAAAGACGUUGCAAAGGAGAAUAGAAGAACUCGAGACUGAGAAUAAGGAUCUUUCGGACGCUAUGGAAAAAUUAGACGAGGAACACUCGCAGUCAGUCGAGAAACUAUUGUCGCUAAAAGAGGAAAUUAACAAAAAACAUCGCUCGCUGCAAAAUGCGUACGAACAACUUUCGCUGGAUUACAACGAAGCUCAGAAAAUAAUAAUUGAACUUAACGACGAAUUGAAACGCAACAAAAAUGCUCGCGUAGAAUUAAGUUGUCAAUUCGUUCAAACGGAUGAUGUAGAUAGAUCAGACAAAUAUACUCAAAUGAUAGUUCCUUCUCGAGAAGACGGAGCGAUAUCGGAAACAAACGUCUUCGACGAUGUUGCUCAGAAAGUUAAGGCAAUUUUGAAAAAUUACACGAUAAACACCGUCGAAACGGGAGAUUCGAACUUGUUCGAAGUGGUUGCCAAGCAAUAUGUGGAUGCCAGAUGGAAAUUAGACGUUCUCGAGAGAAAAGUGACCGAACUCACUAGAGAUUUGAAGGAAAGCGAAGAGAUAAAGGAUAGCUUGCAUAUGGAAUGCGAGGAACUGCAGUCACACAUCGAUUCGCUGCUGUUGGAAAAUCAAGCUCUAAAAUCGAAUCUGCCUUCUAUUCCCGAAGCGAGCGAGGAGCGAGUGGCUUCUCUGGAAAUUGAUGUUGAAACCUUGCGGGAACAAGUAAAACAUCUCUCAGCUGAAAACGAAACGAUACGAGAGACAAAUUCAACUUUGCUAGCUACUCAAAGAAAAGAAAUAUCUUUGACGAAUAACUUGUUGAGAGAAGAUACAAAUGACGAGACCGCAGAGCAACGCGAAGAUCGAUCUGUAUCGUUGGAGCGAGAUAAACGCUCGAAUGAGAAUACGGUGUCGAUAGAACAACUGAAACUCGAUCACGAAAUUCUAAAGCAAGAGUUGAACUUGUCGCUUGCCAAAACAGAAGUCUUGCAGAAUAAUCUCGCGACUCUGCAGGAUGCUGUAAACAAACUGACGGAAGAGAAUAAAGAUCUGUCGCAAAGAAACGAAUAUUUGGACACGCAAUUGCACAACAUUCUGCAAGAGACUCAAAAGAAGGAUGAUUAUUUAAACAAUUUGCAGCGACAGCUCGAUACGAUCAAUCGCGAAAAGUUCGAUUUGGAGAACGAUAUUUUGCACAAAGAAAAAGAACUAGAUGUGCUGCAAACUACGCUCGACGCGAAACAAUUGCAAAUAACAAAAUUGAGUCAGGAUAAUGACAGGUUCAUUAAAGAAAAUAUAUCUCUGUCGGAGCAAUUAACCGCCACGCACGAUGAAUCCUUGGAUAAGAUAGAGUUGUUAAACACGGAAAUGUCGUUGCUCCAACAGGAACACGAGGACUCGAUGAAGGAGACGUUGUUAUACAAGGAAGAGACGGCUCGGUUGAUGGAGAAGUUGCGCGAGACGCAGGAACACUGCACAAAACUGGAGAACAAAUAUCGCUUAUUGAAGAUGCAUUCCGACCGAUUCGAAACAGAAAAGGAGAAUGCGAUAGAACUGUUUAAAAAAGAUAUACAGUUAUCCGAACUUAGAGAAGACUUCGCGGAUAUAUCUUCCGCAAACACAGAUAAAACUACGAAAAAUGAGACGGAAGAACUUUCAACUGGUUGCGACGACACGUUAGUCGGAACGAGCGACCUCGUUAAACAUCUUGAGAAAGAUGUUGAGAAACGCGAUUUAAAUACGACGACAAAUAUAUUAUCUAACGAUAAUAAUCAAAGUGCGGUUAAAUCAAACGCGGACGACGAGAAACUGGAAAAAAAAGUCUUGAGAGCAGAUAACGAAACAUUGAAAGCCGAGAUUGUUCACUUGCAAAAACAAUUGCAAAUCGCCGAUGAGAGCCACAUGGAGUCCGCUGAAAUGGGCAAGGUUACCAUUGAGGAUCUCUCAGAGCUCGUUCGAAAAAAAGAUGAAGAAAUUAACGUUCUGCAGGCCGGAAUCACGCACGCGAACAACGUUAUCGCACAGACUUCGAAUGUAUUUAUCUCGCUUCAGAACGAAAAAACUCGACUCGAACAACUUGUUUCCGUUAAGAAUAACGAGAUUGUGCAGCAUCAGAGUGAAAUUAAACAACUGGUUGAACGCGUUUCCGAGCAAAAUCUUCAAAUUGAAAAAUUAGAAUUCGAACUAGCGGCAAGGAACUACGAUCGCGCCGAGGCUGAUCAAGCGAUCGAUCAUUCCAAGCAGAACAAAGAAAUCGACACUUUGACGAAAAAGUGCGACGCGCUCGAAGCCGCUUUGAUGCUGGAACAGUCUAACAACAGAAUAUUGCAAAAUCAACUCACCGAGAGUCAAAAUAAAGAAACCAAUUCCGCUAAGGAACUGGAAAGACUGAGGACGCAUUUGGUCGAGGUGGAGUCGAGUUACACGGAGGAAGCUUUGAUCGCCGAAAAGAAUCGCGAAGAGUUGGAGGCGAGAUUGUUGCAAGCCGAAGAAAAAAUAAAGAAUAACUCGACUGCUUUCACAUCGGCGAAUAUCAGGGCGAAUCAGCAGGUGGAAACGUUGCAGCAUCAAGUAGCGCUAAUUACUCAGCAGAGAGAUCAGAUACAAUCGAAAUUAUUCGCCGCGGAAGAUACCAUUUUACUGCAGUCCGCGUCUUUGACUAAUUUGCAAAUAGUUUUGGAACAGUUUCAGCAAGAUAAAGAACGCGACAUCAUGUCGUCCACGGAGAGGAUUCGAUCUCAGCUCAAUGAAUCGUACAAGAAGCACGAUGAUCUGUUGAAUGAAAUCUCGAAUCUUAAGCAACAAUUACACGAAUCUAAAGAAUAUUUGCAAGCCGCCUCCAGACUGAGCGAACAACUUGAGAAGAAAGACGCGCAGAUUGAGCGACUCAACGAGGAAGUUGCGCAAUUGACAGCGUCUCUGAAUUCUGCUGAUCAACGAAUGAAAGAGGCGAUAGAACAUGACGAGAGAAGAGUUGACAAAACUCUCAUAAAAAAUCUUCUCUUGGGCUAUUUAUCUUCAACCACAUCAGACAAGUCCUCGAUUCUCAGAGUUUUCGCCAAUGUUUUGGAUUUUACCGAGUCGGAGAAAGAUAAAACUGGUUUGAACAAUAAUGGGGCAGGACAAAACAGUCGAUUAUUACGCGCGAACAAAGAUGGCUCUUCGAAGGAUCAAGAGGCGUCUUUGUCGACAGCCUUCGUGAGAUUUCUGGAAAGCGAGUCUAAACCAAAGCCUCAGUUACCAGCUUUACCGAUUGUGAACUCGUCCACGUCGAGAGCGGGAAUUAACAAACAACAGCCGUCGCCUGCGCAGUCAACGUUAUUAUUGUCCAACGUUGCUCUUCCAACAUUCCCAGACUUUGUUCCGGCUAGAAAUACGGGCUCUAUUCUGAAAGAGGUGCUGAAGGACAGUUGAUAUUACACGUUGUAUGAAACAUUGUACAGAUAAUGUUAGAUAUUAUAACAUAUUUGCUUGGAUUUUUUUGUAUCAUUUAUUAAUAUAUAGUAGAGAAGAUACGUCAUUCGCUGAGAUCACUUUUAUUCGGCAUGCAAGUAAACGUGUUUAAAAUGCGAGGAAAUGAAUAAAUAAAAAAAUUUGUUAUUUCAUCUGAAAUAGUUUUUAAUGUACCCAUGUAAAUAUUACAAUGUAAACGAAAAGUUUCAAUAUUAUGUCACUGCUCUCUCUUCGGCAGCAAAGUAACAAGAUUCUCUCUAUUUAUAACGAUGAUACACAACAGCAUGUUAUAUAAGUAAUAAAUAUAAAGUAGUUUCUCGUUGUAUAAUAACUAACGCGCGUGCUAAAGAGUAUAAAUUACAAAAAAAUAUGGACUAUUAAACAACAUUAGUGUACAAAAUAUAGAUAUCUAUUCUCAGCUUUCAUGAUACAUACAUUUUUACGAAAUAUAUAUAUAUGUAUAUGUGUAUAUAUAUAUAUAUAUAAAUAUACACACAUACACAGGACCGGUAUCUCAAUCAUAUCGGCGUGAAAAACUGCACAACGAUGAGCACAUUUCUCAUGAAAGCUUAUAGCAUCACUUAUACAUAUAUAUUUUUUUCAAUAAACAACACUGAAACUACAACUUCAAUAAUUAUCACAAGAGAGAGCAAAAUUAGGCAUUACAGCCACAUUUUAAUGUUUUAUGAUAUAAAUAAGAUAUCAUUCUCCGUUUAUUUUAUAUACUGUAUAUUGUAUAUUGUGUAUCGAAGCGAAUAAACUUUUGUAACUUUCA